UUUCUCAUUUUAAACAUAAAAAUGUUUUGCUUAAAAGAUAGUGAAGAGUAUUAUUUAUGUCUCUCCGAUCAGCCAAAAAGAUUUGAUGCAGAUAGCCCCGUUACUAAUGUGUUUUUCGAUGAUACUAAUGGCCAGGUAUUUACAGUUCGAUCGGGGGGCGUCACAGGAGUUACCGUAAAUGGGAUGGACGAUUCUAAGUCUACAUCAUUCAGAAUGGAAGAUAGAGGCCCGAUAAUUUCGAUAAAAUUUUCACCAGACCACAAAAUAUUGGCAAUACAACGUAACAAUGAGAUCCAGAAUGCUACAAUAGAAUUUGUCAACUUUAAAGACCUGGCUCCAACGAACGUGGAAUACUCGCACACUUGUAAAUGGAAGAAUGCUAAGAUCCUCGGUUUUGUGUGGCCGAAAGCAAAUGAAAUAGCGUUUGUAACUGAUCAUGGUAUAGAGUUGCUACAUGUUGUUCCUGAGAAAAAACUGCUCAAAAGUUUAAAAUCUAUAUCUUUCAGUGGCGCAUGGUUCUCGUGGUGCGCUCCCAGCAACACAGUGUUGCUGGCCGGCAACAACGGAGCCCUGCUGCAGCCGUUCUCACUAAAUAACUCCACUAUAACCAAGCUGCAGAAACUUGAGCUGGACACGGCGCGGCCGGUGGUGGAGCGCGACGUGUUUCUACUACGGCUGUGCGACGCGACGUGGUGCGCCGUGUUCCGCCACGGGGCCGCCGCCGCCGCCGUGCCCGGGCCCACUGAGGUGUGGCUGAUGGGCGUGGGCGUGGGCGUGGGCUCGGUGACGCACGUGCUGCAGACGGGGCUGGUGGGCCGCUUCGCCGUCAGCGUCGUGGACGACCUGCUCGUGGUGCACCACCAGUCCAGCCACACGUCCCAGCUGUUCGACAUCCAGGAGGACGUGAAAGUGGAGAACAGCACCGCCCACCACAUCCCUACAGUCCAGGGCUGCGCUAUGAAGCCCGCCUCGCUGGGAGACCAGCCCUGCCCUAUGUAUUCUAGCAACUGGGUGGUGUUCCAGCCAGACUACAUAAUCGACGCGCGCCUGGGUUGUUUGUGGCGGGUCACACUCGAGCCCUCGGGGCUAGCGCAUGCGAUACCAAAGGACGAGAUCUCAAAGAUAGUAGCGGUACUAUUACGGCGGACGCACGGCAAGGGCACCGUCUACAGGAUACUGAACCAACUCGUGGCCGACGCCGCCUUCUACCUGGUGGAGCUCGGGAAAGUGUUCGACGAGAUCAACCAGGUGUACAGGAAAUGGGCGGAGCUAGAGAUGGCGCGUAACACGGCCGGGCCGCCGCCGGACGCGCGGCCCGGACAGCUGCGGACGGUGGUCUCGCAGGCCGACAUGUGCACGAACGUGCUGCAGGCCCACUCGGACGACGAGCACGCGGUGCAGGUGGUCACAUCGUACCUGGCCUCUUUAUCCCGCUACGAUAUGGUGGUCCAACACCCAGUAGCCGAGCUGUGCGUCCGGACACUCGUGACCAAGGGUGCUUGUGGGCGGCUCCGGGCUUUAGUAAGAAGGGGCUGCCUCGGGGAUUCCCGGCCUUUGGCGUGUCAGCUGUUGUCUCUCGGGCACAUAGACCCGGCUGCCGCUCAGCUGGCCUUGGAUAUGAUGUGGCGACUGAAGGGCUAUGAGGACAUAAUAGAGAUCCUGCUGAGCUGGGGCUGGGUGGUAGCGGGGGUGGGAGCGGCGCGCGCGGGCGGCGGCGGCGCGGCCUGGCCCGGCGCGGCCGCGAGGAAACUACUAGCAGCCGCUAAAGGGGACCCGCCUGCCUUCGCUACCGUGUUCCGCGCGCUACAGGCACGGAACACGCGGCUGAGAGGCGCGCCGCACUUCCUCAAAGGAGAACAAUGUGACAGUUACGUGGAGUAUUACAAGCAAAUCACCUCAGAAUAAGUAUAAUUUUGAAAAUUUUAACAAAUCAUAUAAAGAUUCUUAUUGUUCACGUUGAUUGUUAUUUACAAAUGAUUACCUAACCUAUUAUUGAAUCUGUAAAUAAUUAAAUGUAUAUUUUGUUAUGAAAUAUAGAUGGUGAUAUUUUGAUCUGUUUGUCUCUAAUGGAACAUUAUGAGUAUUGCUCCCCCUAAUGCUUCAUCUAUUCAACCAGGUGCGAUUGCGGUCAAAUACCUGCCUUGUCUAGCAUAAAAAAAAAAUCUCUUUGCAUGGUUUUUAUAAAUUAUGCUUAUCAAAAAAUAUGCAGGUAAAGUAUCGAAAGUUCGAUCCGAGAAACACAUAGUAUAAAUCUCUCAAACAAAAACGAAUAAUGGGAAUGACUUUGAUAAAAAACUGCAGAAAUGUUGCAUAUUAAAAUAUAUAAUUUUAUUGUAAAAUCUUACAAAGACAGUUUUAUACACUGGACAGGUAACAAAUAUAGAAAUGCAUGCUUAUAAUAUAGGCA